AUGUCCCCAGAACUGGUGGACCGACAUGGAGUCCAACAGUCCCUGUGCGACAGAAACACAAAGCAGAGCACAUCCACAAUAGGUCUGUUGAGCACUGUGGUGUAUAAGGGGGAGGAGAUAAUCAACAGCAGCCCAGAGAAAGUAUGGGACUGCUUGAAACCUGAAAUCAAUGGACUUCGUGUGAAAUGGGACACUAACAUUAAAAAGUUUGAGCUACUUGAGCAGGUGUCUGUGGAUGUUAUGAUCUUUCGAAUUACCACACCAUCAGCUGCUAUGGGUAUUAUAUCGCCUCGAGACUUUGUUGAUGUCAUUUCCAUCAAUCACGAUGUGGAUGGCACUGUUUCAUCAAAUGCUACCAAUGUAUGCCAUCCAAACUGUCCUCCGCAACCAGGCUAUGUCAGAGGCUUCAAUCACCCAUGUGGCUGUACUUGUGUUCCAGUUCCUGGGGAACCAGGUAAAACACAGCUAUUCAGCUUUUUUCAGACCGAUCUUGGAGGUUUGCUUCCACGCUCAGUUGUUGAUUCGUUUUUCCCCACAAGUAUGGUGGAGUUUUACAACAACCUGACCAAAGCAGUUAAAUCACUAAAAUAG